AUGGCACUCCCAGAAAGCUACCACGCCCUCUCAUUCCAGGAUAUCUCAAUCUCCCAUGUCCCGCCAACAGCCCCCACUCCAACCAGCGUCGUCCUCCUCACCCUCAACCGACCACAGAGACUCAAUGCCGUCACGGCACAGAUGAUCGAGGAGUUGGUCACCGCGUACGAGUACUUCAAAGCGGAUAAUCGGAUCAAAGCGGUCGUGGUUACUGGAGCUGGAAAGGGGUUUUGCGUGGGAGCAGAUCUCGGCAUUGGAUUUGGUGCGAUGCUGCAGGAUUUAAAAGAGAAUCCUUCGAAGAUGAUGGAUGAGUAUCGCGAUGGAGGAGGUCGCGUCGCGCUGGCAAUGCAUAACUGCCACAAACCCAUUAUAAUGGCGAUUAACGGUCCCGCGGCCGGGUUCGGGAUUACAAUGACUCUACCAGCGACAAUCCGCGUGGCAAGCGCCGAUGCGAAGAUCAGUUUCGUCUUCUCGCGGCGCGGCCUGAUAAUGGAGGCGUGCAGCUCGUAUUUCCUGCCCAGACUCGUGGGGCUUUCGCGUGCGUUGCAUUUGGUGACCACCGGGGAGACCUAUGCAGCCUCUGAUCCGCUGCUGAACCAGCUGUUCUCCGAGGUAUUGCCCUCACCGGAGAAGACGGUCGAGAGGGCUCUUCAGAUUGCUGCGGAUAUCGCAAAGCACACGUCCACCGUGAGUACGACGGUUAUGCGCGAUAUUAUGUAUAGGGGUCCGUCUAGCGCGGAAGAGGCCCAUGUGUUGGAUUCGAAGGUCUUCCUUGGGAUGCUCACGUCGAAAGAUAGCCAGGAAGGUAUUAAGAGCUUUGUUCAAAGGAGGGAGCCGGAGUUCAAGGGGAGCAUGGCUCGUGAUGCGCCACGUGGUUGGCCGUGGUGGGAUGCAACGCACAAGGAGGGAGGCAAGACGAAGCUCUAG